AUUUAUGCUCAGUCAACAUCCAUAAGAUAUGGAGUGAUCAAGUCUCGUCAAGUUUCUGCUUUCAAAACUUGAUAAAAUUAGUUGUGAAAGAUUGUGAUAAAUUGACAUACUUAUGUUCGUUGACUGUGGCUAGUAGUUUACAGAAGCUGAAAAGUCUUAUCAUAAGUGAGUGUCCAAUUAUGGAGAAGAUCUUCGAGACAAAAGAAAGUAAUGCAGAUAAGGUCUGCGUCUUCCCUAAGUUGGAGGAAAUCCACAUUACCAAAAUGAAGAGAUUAAGAGAUAUAUGGCAUACUAAAGUGAACUUUGAUUCUUUUUCUAGUCUCAUUUCGGUGAACAUUGAAAAGUGCAAUAAACUAGACAAGAUUUUUCCAAGUAACAUGGAAGGAUGGUUUGAAAGUUUGGACAACUUGAAAGUUUCUAAAUGCCAGUCAGUGGAAACGAUUUUUGAAAUCAAAGAUUCUCAAGAAAUAGAUGCAUCUGGAGGGAUAAGCACAAAUUUGCAGGUUAUUCUUCUUGAAAAACUCCCAAAAUUGAAGGAAUUGUGGAACACAAAUCCAAAUGGAAUUCUUAACUUUAGAAAACUUCGGAUUAUAGAAGUAUAUGGUUGUGGUGAGCUUAAGAAUUUGUUUCCAGCUUCCGUGGCAAAAGAUGUUUCAAAUCUUGAACGCAUGUCGAUAUUGUAUUGUCAGGAAAUGGUGGAAAUUAUUACAUGUCAAGAUGCAUCAGAAGCUAUCGAUGAUCCAUUAGAGUUUCCCGAACUAACCUAUGUGAGAUUAUAUGGUCUACCAAACAUCAAAUAUUUCUAUAAGGGGAGAUAUCCGAUAAAGUGCCCAAAAUUGAAGGAGUUGAGUGUCAACGAGUGUUUGAAGCUUAAAACAUUCUACAAAGAAAUCAGUAAAACAUCAGAGGAAGAAGAAAGUUUUGUUUUCUCAGCUCAAAAGGUAUUGUCCAAGUUGGAGUACAUGGAAAUUGACUUCAUGGAAGCACAAAACUUGUUACCCAAGUACCCGAUGCACUAUCUAAAAGAACUUAGUUUGAUUUCAGUAGAAGGUGUUGAUUUUCUUAACCAGUUUCCAUACAGAAUGCCAAAUCUAGAAAAGCUAAAAUUGUCUUUCUCUAUAGGGUUUGAACCAAGAGCAAAUUUAGCGCAACAAGAAAGAUUGGUAAUCGCAUUAGAGCUGAAGGAAUUAAUUUUGUUGAAUGCAACGAUAAAGGAUCUAGGAUUUCCAAUUCUACGAAGGCUAGAGCUUUUAAGCUUAGAACAGUGCCAUGGAUUGAGCAAUUUAAAUCCUCCCUCUUUAUCGUUUACAUACUUGACAUGUUUGAAACUGAAGAAUUGUAGGGGAUUAAGGAAUUUAAUGGCAUCCUCCACCGCAAAAAGCAUGGUUCAACUCAAAAUAAUGAAGGUAAUCGAUUGUCAUAAAGUAGAGGAAAUAGUAAGCAACGAGGGAAGUGAAGAAGGGAUGAUGAUGAUGAAAAUUGAAUUCAGCAAAUUGAUUUCUAUAGAACUUGUGGGGCUGAGGAGCAUGACUAGUUUUUGCAGUUACAAGGAAUGUGAAUUUGAAUUCCCAUCAUUGGAAAUAUUGAUUAUAAGAGAAUGCUUGAAGAUGGAGAAAUUCAGUGUGAGAGAGCCAAUAGCACCAAAGAUAAAAGAUGUAUUUGGUGUGGAAGGAGAUGAAAAAACCAAAUGGCACUGGGAAGGUAACCUGAAUGCCACCAUACAUAAAAUUUUCAGUGAUAAGCAUAAAAGCUUUAAAUGGUAA